AUGGCUGCCCCUGAAGCACAACCCCCCACAGAUAUCUCACCAGAUCCAAAGCAUGACUUGAUUGAGAGCUCACAAAGGGCCACUCAACGAGAACAUGAUCUGACCGUACGACAAGGCCUUUCUAAACACAAGAGUGCUGUCUUCUGGGCGGCCUAUUUCAUUCUCCCUGGAUUUGUCAUUGGUUAUGACCCAACAAUCCUCGGCAGUUUGGUCGGUGUCCCACAAUUCCGAAAAGACUUUGGUUACGAACACCCUGCUGGGUCAGGCACGUACGUUCUCGCUUCCUCUUGGACAUCCGCAUUCCCCUACGCACCUAUCAUCGGUUUCUUGGUGGCUCCAAUUUGGGCAGGAUGGUGCGUCGAUCGCUUCGGACCCAGGAAAACACUGUUAUGCUGCACUACCCUGUCUCUGGGAACUCUCUUGAUGGAAGUUCUGGGUAACACUGCCGGCAUCAUUUUCGCCGGCGACCUCCUUACUGGCCUCCUCACUGGUGGCUUUCCAGUUCUUGGACCGGCAUACAUCUCGGAAAUUCUCCCUGUUAGUCUUCGAGGUGUCGGACUGGCAGCCAACAACUUUGCUCAGGUGGCUGGGUCAUUUAUUGCGAUCGGGAUCUUGCGCGGAACGGAAACACGACCCGACAAAUGGGCUUACAAGAUCCCUUUCAUCACAGAAUAUAUUUUCCCUGUGCUCUUCAUUCUUGGGGCGUUCUUUGCCCCUGAAACACCCUGGUUCUUGGUGAAGAAAGCGCGAUACGACGAGGCUGCAAACUCCCUGAGGCGUACUGGAUACACUGAGGAUCUCGACGAUACUCUGGCUCAUAUGAAGGAAACCAUUAUCAUGGGGGAGCAGUGUGUAUCCACCACCACCUACCUUGAUUGCUUCAAGGGUACAAACUUCCGACGUACUUUGAUAUGCUCAAUCUGUUACAGUGGGCAAUUCUUCUGCGGAGUUAACGUUGUGUCUUCAUAUUGUACCUACUUUUUCCAGCUGGCGGGUGUAUCGACAGAUCAGGCCUUUGACCUCUCUCUUGGUCUGUUUGCGCUUGGUAUUGUCGGCAACGUGAUUUCAUGGCCCUUAUUGUCAAUCUGGGGUAGGAGACUCCCUUAUAUUUUGACUUGUGGUGCAACUGCCACCCUGAUGUUUUUGAUUGGAUUUUUGGAUCUCGCACCAUCUUCCAAUAAAGGCGCUCUUUACGCAAAGUCCUCCAUGCUGCUUGUCUUUUAUCUCAUUUACAACUUCGGUCUGGGUCCGCUUGUUUAUGCAUUGAUUGCUGAGAUCCCAAGCACAACAAUCCGCGGAAAGACCAUGGGUGUGGCAUGUUCGUUCGCCCAUAUCUUCUCCCUUGUUAUUACAGCUGCUCUUCCCUAUGCAAUGAGCCCACUUGAGGCAAACUGGGGUGGCAAGAUUGGAUUUUUGUUUGGCGGACUUAGUAUUGGGGUGAUUGUUUGGGCGUGUUUGUGCCUACCAGAAACCAAGGGCAGGACGUUCGAGGAACUUGAUAUUCUCUUCGAGCGGAAGACGCCAGCCUGGAAGUUUAGUAGCACUGAUCUGACGAAUUUUGAUCGUGGGAAUGUGAUUUACCACCAGCAAGCAUAG